AAAGCCCCACAGGAGCUUGACAGGCGAGAGAUCUGGUAUGGGUGUGACCCUCGGGAACAUGCUUAACAUGCUAAAUGCUGGUUCUUUAUAGUCUAAAUCUUGUCAAGUUAUUCAGUGAUAAUCAUAGUUUACACAUCUCUGAAAGUUUAACGCCUGAUGUAAAUGCAGUACUGUGACACCUUUCAUUCAGCACCUUCAGAUAUAAAUAUUUUAAUGUAUGUUCAAUGUGUGAGUCUUUGUUUUAGGUAAAAGGUUUAGUUUUUGGAGGAUUUCAGUUGCUGUUCUGCUCAGUGUCAUUGUUGGAAUAAUGAUAGCUGCAUCAUACCAACAGAAGUCUGUUUUCUCAAACUUUAGGCGUAAAUAUAAAGUAUAAAGUUGUUUGUGUUUAUAAUAUAAUUUCCGAGGACAACAGUUGCCCAAAUGAAAACCUAUCCCAUAUAGUGUGAAAGUGUGUUUCUAUCUGUAUUGUUUUCCAGAGUAAUAACAGUAACUAUAUUUCACCAAAUAUCAAAUUAACAAACACUGUUUAAUCAUAUAAUGGAAAAUUAGUUAAUUACAGUGCAGGUGCGAAAAAAGCAUCUGUUUUUCUCAGACAUGAAGUUAAUUUUUUUGUCACUGCUGGUUAUUAUUAGAAUUCCGGAUUCAAGAUCAGAGCAGUAUGAAGUCGUGGGACCUGCAGAUCCAGUAAUUGCUUUAGCUGGUGAAGAUGUGAUUCUGCCCUGUUCAGUUAAACCCAACAUCAGUGUUGUGGACAUGAGAGUGGAGUGGUUUAGAUCUGAUCUGAAAGACUCACAACUAGUGCAUCUCUAUAAGGAUCAUGACGACAGAAACACAAAUCAGAGUCAAUCCUACAGAGGAAGAACAAAACUGAAUCAUGAAGAAUUACAGAGAGGAAACGCAUCACUCAAACUCUCAUCUGUCCAAAUCUCUGAUGAAGGACGUUAUAAGUGUUUAAUUCAGUCCAAAUCCUGGUCUGAUGAUGCUACUGUUGAUGUCAGUGUUGAAGCUGUAGGAAGUCCUCCAGUGAUCACUGUAGAUGGGUUUGAUCAAUCAGGAGGGCUUUGUCUACAAUGUGAAUCUGAAGGUUGGUAUCCUGAACCUGUUCUUGAGUGGCUGAACAGUGAAGGAGUACGUUUGAGUUCAGAAACUGCAGAGACACACAGAAAUGAAGAUGGAUUCGGUGUGAAACACACUGUCACUGUAUAUGAGAGAGACAGCAAGAUUCACUGCAGAGUCAGAUUGAAGCAUCACAUGCUGGAGACACUGAUUAUCACCACAAGUAAUAUGUUUAAUCUCUGGAGGACAUCAGUCAUCCUGAUUUCAGUAGCUGUUGUGCUCAGUGUGAAUGCUGGAAUACUGAUAGCUGUGUUUACUAAGAAUAACAGAAAAUUUGAUCAACGUUUACAAAAUCAGAAGAUGAUUAUAUUACAAGAGAUCACGCAUUUAAGAACACACACAGUGGAUGUGAUUCUGGAUGCUGAUACGGCUCAUCCACGUCUCAUCUUGUCUCUUGAUAGGAAACAAGUGAGUUAUGGAGAGACACAACUGGAAAGAGUGAAUGGAAAAAGAUUUAAUGAUUAUCUUGGUGUUCUUGGGAAGGAUGGAUUCUCCUCAGGGUGUUUUUACUAUGAGGUUCAGGUAAAGGGGCGAACUGAGUGGGAUUUAGGAGUGGCCAGAGCAUCUGUUAACAGGAUUGGCUUGACCGUUGUGAGUCCUAUGAUUGGAUAUUGGACUGUGAGUCUGAGAGAUGGAGAGUGCUGGGCUCGUAAGUCUCCACAUGUCUCUCUUCCUCUGAGUGUGAAUCCUCAGAGGGUCGGUGUGUUUGUGGAUUAUGAGAAGGGUCUUGUCUCUUUUUAUGAUGUGGAGGCUAUGUCUUUUAUGUAUUCUUUCACUAAUCAGUCUUUUGAUGAGAAACUCUAUCCAUUUGUUAGUUUGGGGUAUCUGAGGAAUGAAAACUCUACACCACUGAUUAUCUGUGAUGAUUACUUCUGAGAUCAGUGGCUGAGUUUGCAUGUUGAAGUAAGUGAAAUACAAGGAAAUACAAUAAUUGAAAGAGUUAUAACAAUACAUAUUAAAUAUUAUUUAGACUACAUGUUAAGGAUUUGGACAUUUGGAUAAUAAUGAAAAGCAUCAUAUAGAGCUUAUAAUACAGUGUUUUUUUUAUCCUGUUUUGGUUAUCAUUUGUUAUCACAUGUGUGUAUGAAUUUGUGAGUAAAAUAAUGGCGCCUGGGCUAGGUGAUACAUUUUCACUCAUAUCUCAGUCCAUUUUUUCCCAAAAAAA